AUGCUUCUCUCCCCGUUGAACAUCUCUGUGAACGUCGACCACGCUAGGCCUAGGACUUUGACUAGAUCCGCCAGUCAAGGUAGCAGUCGUCUUCAGAUCCAUUUCCCCGGCUCAUCGACCCGCACUCUCGUUGGCGACACCUACCCCUUCCGCCCAAGUCUCACGCAGAUCACACUUUGCGAAGCGAUCACAGGCCACUGUCCCGCUGCACGUCACUUUUUCCCAGAAACGCCUUGCCGCUCUCCGCACGAAUCUCAGACUUUGUUUCGCGUCUUCCGCGGUGAGCUCGUGCAGAUUGACCCGCCUCGCUACGAUAAUCGACCUAUCAUUGUCUGCGUCAAGGUCGGCCAUGGACCCGAGGAAUCCAAAGCCUUAGAGAAAGAAGGUCGUUUCUACGAUACCCAUCUUGCAGCGCUCCAGGACGAGGUGGUACCGGUGUUCUAUGGGUUCUACACAGCAGAAGACAAGAACCUCGGCGAAGUCUCGUGUUUGGUCACCGAGUACUGCGAUGGUUCCCAGCUUUACAUUGAGGAUCAGGAGGAAUUUGUUCGUCUCAUCAUGGUCGCGACGUAUAAGCUGCACCAGGCCGGUGUCAUGCACAGGCAUCUCAAAAGCGAUUUCCGUCACUUCGUCAUGAAAGGCCCGAAGCUGUUCAUCGUCGACUUCACGGACGCCAUCUUGCACGAGUGCGACACUUGUCCCACGAUUGGGGAUAGUAUCGAUCCCAAUCCCAACCAAUGCCGGGAGCUGUACAACAUGGAGCGGAAGUUUGUCAACAUGGACGACACCAUCUAG